UUCCACCUGGUGGGUUGCCAAAUACAGGUCAAUCUUAUCUACACCCACCCAUGCAUGUUCAUCGAGGUGCUUUAUUGCCACAUAUGUAUCAGACUGCUCAACAGAAUUCACAACAUCAUUCACAUUUAGGGGCCCAGAAUGCACAUAAUAUGCCACAACUGGUGCUUCCUUCUCCAAUUAGUGCAUCUCACACAGAGGUUUCACAGGCCCAGCCACAUCCUAGAGCAUUACCUCCACCUCCUCCUCCUCCUCCUCAGUCACAAGGACAAACAUUUUAUAGAGCUCCAGUGAAUCCUCUGCCUCAGAAGCCAGGACUUCCGCAUAUCUCAUCACAUCCACCCCUCCCUCCUACAACUAGUUUCUUCACUUCAGCUCCACUAGGAAGCCUUGUACACUCAACAGGUGGAGACCAUAAUGUGCUGUCUACUGCUUCCCUUCCACCCCCACCCCUACCCUCUUCUCCACCGCCUAUUCUACCAUCUCCUCCACCUUCAACCUCUACUCCUUUUUCAUUUUCUAAGCCUGUCCAAAUUUCUUCCAACUUGCCCUGUCAUUUGGACUCAGAUGGCUCUAAGUUAAGUGCUUCAGGUUCCAUGGAUGAAGUUGCGGCUCCAAAUCAGGUCAAACAUAAUUUAAUUGCAGAUAAUGGCUCUCUGAAUAAGGGAGUGGGGAAUGGCUGUGACAUGAGUUCUCUGGUUGGAGAUAAGUUAUCAUUAGAAGUAUGUUUGACAAAUGAUCACUCUUCCACUCCUCUGAAGCCAACUGAUGAAAAGGUUGUUGAAAGGAUUGAAGCUUUGUGCCAGUGUAUUGCUAAGAAUGGUCCUGAUUAUGAGGACAUGGUACGUAAAAAAGAAUCUGGCAAGCCAGAGUAUGCAUUUUUGCAUGGUGGUGGGCUGGGAAGUGAGGCUGCAAUAGCACAUGAUUUUUUCCAGUGGAUGAAAAAGAAAAGUAUUUUGUCAUGUAAAUUAGAUGAACAGCAAGGGAAUUCAACUUUGAGGCCUUCAAAAAACGAGCCUUCUGAGCAACCAUUCAAUUUGGUGAUUACUGCUGCUUCUUAUUUGCCUGAUGAUUCUGACAUGGAGAUGGAAGAUGAUAUCACCCAAAUUGAUGAUGAGCAGGAAACAAAUCGGUCACUUGAAGGCCUGGACAGUCAGUGUGAUAUCAAUGACAACAUGCUUAAUGUAAAAGAGCAGUUACAUCCAUUGAAGAUAUCGGCAGAAUAUAAUUCAUGCAAGGAUGUUUCUUCUGAAAAAGAAUCAGCUGCUGGCAGUUUAGGAUUGGGUGAACAAGGUCCAGAAGGCAUUGCCAAUGCUGACAAAAAGGCAAUUGGGGCAUCAGUUUCCAAAGUUAUUGCAGUCAAGAAUUUAGCUGUACCUACUGAGCAGCCCUUAGUCACUAGUUUGGAGAAAUUAGAUACUUCCAGUCAACUUGCAAAAGGUGGCAGUCCAUUCAGACUUCUACAAGACUAUGCUUCUGAUGACAACUCAGAAAAAGAUGUUGAGAACUGCGGUGAAAAUACAUGUGUUUCGUUAGGUGCUAAUUUGCAUAGAGAUGCUGGGUCUAGUUUGGAGAAUGUUAGUAGUCACUGCAAGACUGAAAAGGGGUUUGGGCCACUCUAUAUAUUAAGCAUGCCAUGUGCAGUUGCGAGUUCAGAAGUGGUUGAAGGCACUGUCACAACCUCUAGCAUAAAUGGGAAUGAACAUGUUGAUAAUAAGCACGUACAUCAAAUUUCUAUCCAUCAUGCUGCUUCUAUGGAGGUUUUCCAAAAGGAAAAUGUCAUGGUUGGUGCUAGUGUUGACAGUGCUAGGUUUAGCAAGGUAAAUAGGCAAGAGGAAGAAAAUGGGACUCUUGGUUUCACUCAACAGAAAGUAGAUAAGUUUGGGCGAUUGGCCAGGGAUGGUGCUAGUGAUAGUGAUGAUGAUUCACACUAUAUUGGGAGGCAUAGAAGAGGCAGAAGUUGGAGCAGAAGUCAGAGCCGUUCACCUCCUGAUAGAAGAAGAAGGAGAAGUCCACGGAGAAGAAGGGAGAAGCGAAGCCGAUCUCGCAGCUGGUCUCCAAGAAAUUGUAGAAGCAGGAGCAGGUCUCCAAGAAAUCGUAGAAGCAGGAGCCGGUCUCCCAGAACUCGCAGAAGCAGGAGCAGGUCUCCCAGAAAUCAUAGGAGCAAGAGCAGGUCUCCUAAUUUUCGGCGGGCAGGUGAAUUCAUUGGUGAGAAUAAGAGACGAGUGAAGGGACAGAUGCCAGACUGUUUUGACUUCCGUCGAGGCAGGUGCUACCGCGGAGCAUCUUGUCGUUAUCUGCACCAUGAUUCUAGCAAGAGUGAUGAACCAUUGCGGCAAAGGAACAAACAACAGUAUCUGGAGUUUCCUCAGAGUUCUAGGACUAAUGUUCAUGAAGAGAUCAAGCAGAUCUCUGAGAGAGUAUGUGAUCAUGAUCAUGAUGAAGUUAGAGAUCCAGAAGUGAAACCGUAUAGUAAUUUUUUCGCUUCAAGAGAUAUGAAUAUUAAUCGCAAAAGAGAAGAUUCUGUUGGUGGAGGUGUUCAUAAUCAAGAUCGUCAAUCAACUGAGUAUCACAUGGUUACAUCUGAGAAAUGUAGAGAUAUUCCUGCCCCUGUAUUCAGAGGACACUUGGUAGAAAACAAGCAGAAAGGACCUAGUCCUGUCACUAACGAGGAUUGUCAAGAAGCAGCAGAAUCUCACCACCCUUCAAUUGUUGAUACCUUGUCGGUUGGUUAUAUUGAUAAACUGAAGUCAUUUGAUAAUGCCUCCCAGAAAAUACUUAUGUCUUUCAAAAAUUCUGACCAGAAGUCUCUCUCCAGUCCUUUAGAUCAGGUGUGUCAAAAUGCUGAUUGCCGGCCUCUACAGUCAGAUAACUCAUCUGUAUCUGAUUCUUCUCCACUUAAAACUACUACAUCCUCACCAAAUAGGCAUACAAAGAGCAAUGCUCAUCCAAAUACAAUGGAGCUCUAUAAUCAUCCUUCUCAAAUACCCUCCCCUUCUUUCCCACACUCACAGGGUAUAGAUAAUCCACAUAUGAAACAGCAGCAGACUGCAUCUUCCAUGUUUCAAUCUUCUGGGGAAAGCUUUCCUUCUUACAUGUUACCCAACCAACAUUCUUACUUUGCUCUACAGCCAAAUUCCUCUUCGACUUCAUUGCCUCCACCACCACCAUUGCCACCACAGGAUGUAACUGUAAAUUCAGGAACUGUAACUCCUGGCGUUUCUUCACAUUUUCGGCAGAGUCACUUGCCUCUGAGGAAUGAUUUUGGUUCGCAGAUUGGUCCAAGAUCUUACCCAACUGAAUUUCCUGCACAUUCUCAGUCUGAUGGGUUUCAGCAACAAGCUUAUCUACCAAUUCAGGACGCAAAUCGACCUUUCUUGCAUGCUUCUUUGCCUGUCUAUAACAUGCCUAUACAACAAUUUGGAGCUCCUAGUAUGUCUAGAGAUGAUGGCUUAACACAACCUCCAACACACAAUGUUAUUGCUUCAAAUUCCUUUGCUCAGGGCAACACUCAUCCUCACACUAUGCCCUUUUCAGAACAGUUGCUGGGAAACAAAAUGCAACCAUUUCCUGGUGAGAGUUUGCCAUCAGGUGGACUGUCAAACUCGUCUUCUUAUAUUCAUCCUUAUUCACAGCAGCAACAACCACCAAACAGUUCACACCACCCUAUGGUUGACAAUAUUCAUAAUCUUACUGGGAAGAUGAAUUCUUCAAUAAAAGAUCCACCAGAUAUUAGGGACACAACGUCCCACCGUGUUGAUAUUGGAGGAUCAACUAGUUCAACUUUUCCUGAUCCAUAUGCAUCUAAUCUUGACCAGCCACUAAAUUCCAAAUACAGUUCUGAUGUUCUCAGGCAAGAAAAAGAUAAAACCUACAAUAACAGUCCUUUCAGUUUGACUCAUGCUCCAGUCGAUGGGAGAAGUAUUGGAUCUCAACAAGCAACUUCCUCACCCAAUUCUGCUAGAGCCAUUGGGCAGAAUUUUCCUAGAUCAGGUGGUGACCAGUAUGAUCCACUUUUUGAUAGCAUUGAGCCAUCUUCAAGGUUAUCCAGAAAAUUUGAUUAUAUUCAAAAGUUGGAAGUGACUGGUGACUCUGACAUCUUAUUGGGGCUUACUGGUUCCAACAAACCAUUGGAUAUGGAGGAAAAUGACAGGAGGAAAGAUGGUGGAGCUGUUGCUUCUGCAGCAUCUGCAGAUAAUGAGGAAUUUGGUGAGACUGCUGAUGCUGAAGUGGGAGCCGUUGAGAAUGGAAGUCCAAGUAAUCAAGUUGAAGUUAACAUGACUACUGGUGAGAUUGAGAUUGAUCAGAUAAAGUCUCCAGGGAAGAGCAAAGAGAAUAAAGGUUCGAGAUCAAUGAAGCUUUUCAAGGUUGCCCUUGCAGAUUUUGUAAAGGAGGUUUUAAAGCCAUCAUGGCGACAGGGUAAUAUGAGCAAGGAGGCUUUUAAGACUAUUGUCAAGAAGACUGUUGAUAAGGUGUCAGGAGCUAUGAAGAGCUACCAGAUACCUAAAUCUCGUGCAAAGAUUGAUCAAUACAUCGAGUCAUCUCAGCGGAAAUUGACGAAACUUGUGAUGGGUUAUGUUGAUAAGUAUGUCAAAGUGUAGGACUUGGCAUCAACAUUUUGAUCCCUGGCAUUUUCACUGGUGUAGACUUACGAUUAGACACGUGAGUUUCUUUCCUUUCAUGUUCCUGUGGCAUUGAAGCUUUGAAAACUAAUGUGUUUGUUGCAGUGCUUUGACAAAGGAUGAUAAAUUUUGAGUUGGUGAUGGUAGAAGUUGGUUUGUAUAGUCUGUAAAGGUGAUCAAGGCAAGAGAUUAUUUAUCAGUCUCAGCAAAACCCAAAGGAGGAUCCAGAAAGGUGUGUUUAAUGUUCACAUGAAUAUGAUGAAUAUCUUGUCUUUCUUUUGGUUAAAAUUAGUGAACCAAGAACAAAAAGGAAUCAAGUAUCUAUAGUAUUUUGUUUGUAUAUCAUUCCCUACUUGUAGAUAUCCAGUGUAUUUCAUUGGCUAUGCGCUCAUUGUGAGGAGAAGUGAUGCUUUAUUUGGAAACUUGCAUAUGUCAAAAAGGAAUUGGUUGAAGAUCCCGAAUACAAGAUUCAUUAGCCAAUUGUGUUGUUCAUUAGGUAUACAUACAGAAAAGCAAAACCUGCCUAGUUCUUAAGUGUAUGGAAUUUUUCUUUUGCCUAAAUGGACUGAUUUUCAAU